GAAAUAGAAUCACCCAUGUGUGAGGGGUUUAAUUUCCGAGGUUUCCGCUGGAUGAAAACCAUGAUCCACACUAUCAAAGAGAUUAAUGAGAGAAAGGAUAUUUUGCCUAAUCACACUCUGGGCUACCAGAUAUUUGACAACUGUUUCUCCACCAUCAAAACCAUGGAGUCAUCUUCUGUGUUUCUAACAGGGCAGGAUGAAUACAAGCCUAACUGGAGAAACAGCACUGGAAAAUAUCUAGUUGGAGUUAUUGGAGGAGGAGGAACAACUAUGUCAGUUGCUGCUUCAAGAAUUCUAGAGCGUUAUCAAGUACCUCAGGUGGGAUAUGCUUCUUCCUCCUCAAUUUUUAGUAGCAAAAAAGAAUUUAUCACCUUUUUUCGCACAAUACCAAGUGAUAAGUUCCAGUCUGAGGCCAUUGUGACUCUGAUUAGACACUUUGGUUGGGUCUGGAUAGGUACUAUUGCAUCUGAUGAUGAUUAUGGAAAACAAGGAGUAAAAUCAAUUAGGGAAAAAGUGGAGAGUACCAACCUCUGUAUUGCUUUCUCUGAAACCAUUCCAAAAGUCUACUCCAAUGAGAAAAUGCAAAUAGCUGUUGAUGCUGUAAAGAGUUCCACUGCUAAAGUCAUUGUCCUUUAUGCAACUGACAUUGAUCUCAGCCCCUUUGUGCUGGAAGUGAUUCAUCAUAACAUAACUGACAGGACAUGGAUAGCCAGUGAAGCCUGGAUUACUUCAGCUCUCAUUGCAAAGCCUGAGUAUUUUCCCUAUUUUGGUGGAACUAUUGGAUUUGCAAUACCGAGAAGUGUUAUACCAGGAUUAAAAGAAUUUCUUUAUGAUGUACACCCUAGCAAGGAUCCAAAUGAUGUCUUGACCAUUGAAUUCUGGCAGACUGCUUUUAAUUGUACGUGGCCUAACAGCAGUGUGCCUUACAAUGUGGACCACAGAGUAAAUAUGACUGGUAAAGAAGACAGAUUGUAUGACAUGUCUGAUCAGCUCUGCACUGGAGAGGAGAAGCUGGAGGAUCUGAAAAAUACCUAUCUGGAUACAUCGCAGCUAAGAAUCACAAACAAUGUCAAACAAGCUGUGUAUCUUUUGGCUCAUGCAAUAGAUCGUUUUAGCCAAGCUGUCAUAAAAAUGAAAGAAUAUAGUAAAAAUACACUAUAUAAAGAUAUACCUGACUUUGACCUCAAUUUGAUAUGGAAUUUCAUCCGUGAUAUACAAUUUACUACCCAUGAUGAAACCAAAUUAGAAUUCCAUUACAAUGGAGAUAUGAAAAGUGGAUAUUAUGAUAUUCUCAAUUGGCACAUGGAUAAUGCUGGAGAAAUCACCUUUGUCAAAGUUGGAGAAUACAAAUUCACAAGUUCAAAAUAUGAAUUUGUUCUUCCAAAGAACUCAACAUUAUUUUGGAACACUGAAUCUUCAAGGCUUCAAGAUUCAGUCUGCACACAAUUGUGUGCCCCAGGGACCCGGAAGGUUAUUCGCCAGGGGCAACCCAUAUGUUGCUUUGAUUGCAUUCCAUGUGAGGAUGGAUAUGUGUCAGAGAAACCAGGCCAAAGGCUAUGUCAUCCAUGUGGUGAAAAUGACUGGUCCAAUGCAGAGAAGAGCAAGUGUGUGCCAAAACUUGUGGAGUUCCUCGCUUAUGAGGAGGCCUUGGGAUUCACUCUCAUUAUCCUUUCCAUCUUUGGGGCACUUGUGGUCUUGGCAGUCACUGUUGUGUAUGUAAUCCACAGGCACACUCCUUUAGUGAAAGCCAAUGACAGGGAGUUGAGCUUCCUCAUUCAAAUGUCUCUAGUUAUCACAGUGCUGUCAACUAUGCUGUUCAUAGGCAAGCCAUGCAACUGGUCCUGCAUGGCCCGUCAGGUCACUCUGGCCCUGGGCUUUUGCCUUUGUCUGUCUUCCAUUCUUGGAAAGACUAUUUCACUCUUUUUUGCCUACAGAAUUUCCAUCUCCAAAACCCAUCUUAUAUCUAUGAACCCUUUUUUUCGAAAAUUAAUUGUACUGACCUGUGUUGUAGGACAGAUUGGUGUAUGUGCAACAUAUUUGAUAUUGGAGCCUCCGAGCAUGUUGAAGAACAUGGAAAUUCAAAAUGUAAAGAUUAUCUUUGAAUGCAAUGAAGGUUCUAUAGAGUUUCUGUGCUCCAUAUUUGGAUAUGAUGUCCUUCUGGCUCUGCUGUGUUUCCUUACAACCUUUGGGGCUCGAAAGCUGCCAGAUAACUACUAUGAAGGGAAAUGCAUUACUUUUGGGAUGCUGGUCUUUUUCAUUGUCUGGAUCUCGUUUGUCCCUGCUUACUUGAGCACCAAAGGCAAAUUCAAAGUGGCUGUGGAAAUAUUUGCCAUUUUGGCAUCCAGCUAUGGCUUGUUAGGAUGUCUAUUUCUUCCCAAGUGCUUCAUUAUCUUGCUGAGGCCAAAGAAGAACACUGAUGAAACUGUUGGUAGAAGAGUCCCCACUGCUGACAGGAGCAUCCAGCUGACCUCAGCUUCUGUGAGCAGUGAGCUUAACAGCACCACAGUGUCCACUUUUUUGGAAGAGUAGACCUGUGAACUCCAUGUAACAUACAAAACUUGAUAACUGCAUAGCUCAAUCUUCUCCUUAAUG